AUGCCAGCUUUAGGUGAGAUCAUUUCGGUUCCAGAAACUGAUAAAGGAAAGAGUAAAGACAUUAUUGAGAACUCAGACGAUGAAAAGAUUCCAAGAGCUCGAUCUAGAUCGCUGAAGAAGAAAGCAAUCAAAGCUUCAACGAAACUGACGCAUAGUCUAAGGAAACGAGGGAAGCGUGUAGCUGAUCAGUAUGUACCAAUUGUGAUCGAAGAUGUGAGAGAUGCAGAAGAGGAAAAGGCAGUGAGUAUGUUUAGAAAAGCUUUGGUUUCUCUGAACUUGCUUCCACCUCGACACGAUGAUUAUCAUACAAUGUUGAGAUUCUUAAAGGCGAGGAGAUUUGAUAUUGACAAAGCGGUUCAGAUGUGGGAAGAGAUGUUAAAGUGGAGAAAAGAGAAUGGAGUUGAUACAAUAAUGCAGGAUUUUGUUUAUGAAGAGUACGAAGAAGUACAACAGUACUAUCCACAUGGCUACCAUGGUGUAGACAGAGAAGGACGUCCUGUCUACAUUGAACGGCUCGGUAAAAUAGACCCUUCCAAGCUGAUGAAGGUUACAACGUUGGAGCGGUUCUUGAGAUAUCAUGUGCAAGGUUUCGAAAAGACUUUUGCUGAGAAGUUUCCAGCUUGUUCGAUCGCAGCAAAGAGGCAUAUCAAUUCUUCGACGACCAUUAUAGAUGUGUCAGGAGUGAGCUGGAUGAGCUUUAGAAAAUUAGCUCAGGACCUUGUAAUGCGCAUGCAGAAAAUUGAUGGCGACAACUAUCCUGAGACAUUGAAUCAGAUGUACAUCAUUAACGCUGGAGGCGGAUUCAAGCUUAUUUGGAACGCAGUGAAAGGCUUUCUCGACCCUAAAACUACUUCUAAGAUACAUGUUUUGGGAAACAAAUUUCGCAGUCACCUUCUCGAGAUUAUUGAUCCAAGUGAGCUUCCCGAAUUUCUUGGAGGAAAUUGUACGUGUGCGAACGAGGGUGGAUGUAUGAAAUUCAACAAGGGGCCUUGGAAUGAUCCCGAGAUAAUGAAACUAGUGCGUUCGAGAGAUGCAAUGUACAAAUCAAAGGAAAUAGACCUCCCAGAGAAUGGAGAAGUAACUAAAUUAUUUGCCUUGCGGGAGCAUGUGAAUAAAGAAAUAUUGUCACCUGAUGGAGGACAAAUGAGGGAGAGAAAUUUGCAUCCUGAACAUGAAAAACGUGCUCAGCUGAGCAACCAAGCUGAAGCAGUUGGUAAUGGGAGAAUUGUACAGUCUAAUUUAACAAAUCAGUUACCAAGUAAUCUGACAGUAGAGAGGAGUUUAAAUAACUCUCUUCAGAAAGUUGCAAGUUCGUUGGCUCGUUUUAUCUUCCAACUUCUUGCGUUUGUGUGUCUCACGUUGCGAAGACUUGUAAAUAAACAACCAGAGAACCAUUUGAGACCGGAGCUAACAGUUUCAGUCUCCCAGCAGCAUGUUCCUCCACCUCUUCCUCCUCAGGUGGAAGUAGCAAGAGAGUCUCUCCAUCCAUGUUGGCUGAGGUUGCAAAACCUUGAGAGCAUGGUCACAGUUUUGCUUGAUAAACCCACAAACAUUCCUCAGGAGAAAGAAGAUAUACUUCGGGAUUCAUUAGACCGCAUCAAAUCCAUUGAGUAUGAUUUACAGAAGACAAAGAAGGCGCUCCUUUUGACGGCGUCAAAACAAAUUGAGCUCGCUGAGUCUUUGGAGAGCUUGAAGGAGAGCAGCUCAACGGGAAUGCGCUCUUGUUGGCCAAGACACUGCAGAAAUUUCCAAGUGGAAUAA